AUUUUGCUUUUAUACAACAGAUCUUGCUAGGAAACAAUUAAUUAGGUUUUGCAGCAAUGAUUAACAUAAUGGACAAGCAUCAUGAUAAUAUAUCUCCUGAUGAACAAAAGGAGUACAUCCAUGUUCAAGUAUCCAACCCCACCAUUCACAACACGCACGACGAAGGCAGAUUCACCACUUACCAAGUUACACUAAAAACAAACAGUUUGUCAUUCGGCUUAAAGUAUUCAGUUGUUGAUCGACGAUACUCAGAUUUCACUUGGCUGCGUCGUGCUUUGGCUCGUACAUGUGACGUAAAACCACCAAGUUUGCCAUUUCCUGGAAUCAUCGGAACGUUUAGAAAGCGUUAUCUCGAAGAAAGGCAACAAAUUCUAACCGAUUUUUUACAGAAGGUUGUGCGACAAACAGUGUUUCUUUCUAACACUGCCCUCCACUUGUUUCUGCAAACACGACUGGGGAAAAAGGAAAUGGAUGCGAUGCUUAAAGAUGCUCGUAGAAGAGGAUGCAUGGACUGCAUCAGAAAAGCAGUGUCUUUGUACGGAGCCGUUCGCCCUUAUGUUUCGGACACGCAACCUCCUGAAAUUAUUUCAGAAUCUCUUUCCACUUGUUCAGUAGGAAGUUGUCAAGAAUAUUCGGACAGCGAUGAGUUUAACUCAAGUUUCUGCAGCACUAACAACGACCGGGUAAUCGGUCACAAUAAUAAUACUAAGUUAGACGAAAAUGACUGGGUAAUCGUCUGUACAACACCAUCCGAGGAAGAUCUGCAAAACAAACAUUUGAUUGAGUCUACAGCAUACACAAACGUUACUUGGUUGUCCCCACGCGGCAUCGAUAACUUGGGAGGAAGGAAAGAACUUGUCCUAACACGUCGGAUUCAAUCUGAUCAAAUUGACAUUUCGUCAAGGAACUAUAGUGGUGUCGACAUAACUCAGUCCAACAGCUUAGGAACGUUGACCAACUGUCAAAGUAGACUAGACGCUUUUCGGAGGUCGUCAUCCGAAAACGCACUGCAUAAUAAACUCAACCGGCAUUCUGCCCGCAGAUCAAGAGCAAACAAUCCAAAAGUGGUUAACACUGGUAACCCGACAGAUUGUUCAUCAUCCCCGCCUCAAGAAAACGCCACCAAAGACAACAGUUUAUAUUCCACUCCAGAAGAAACUUUCCAACAUUGCCGAACAUCGAACACAAACUUGGUGGGAAACAAUUUAACCGAAGUCCAAAUUCAUUAUUCAAGUGAUGAUAAAAAUCAAAAUGCUGAUCCUGUACAUAACUUGGAUCCAAUCAGCGAACCUGUAAAGAACGACCAGCCUGAUUCAGCCCAGUCUGAGGUUAAAGCAUUCAUAAAUAAAGAAUCAAAAGCCGCGGAAAGGCAAAUCAGUUCGAAAGUUUUUCGAAGUUUCUCCGCACCAAAGCAACACAGACAAUCCACGUAUUUUCCUCGUACCAGUUCUCUGGAUUCGUGUCUGGGUAACCGCUCACAGUGUAUAAAAGUUACCGAACCAAAGCUUUUUGGUACAGAUGGUCGAUAUAAACACCAGAUUCUCGUUUAGCUGAUAUCGAUGAAUGAAUUAUCGUUUAAUAUUCGUUUUGUUGUAAUUCUUUUAAGUGAUUUAUCAUUUAGUCCGCUCUCAAUUUUUAAUCUUACAACAUAGUUUAUAUAUGUCAGCACGUCUUUUUUAUUUUUUAAAGCAAUAUUAGUUACAAGAUCAUCUAAUUAUUAUAAUCGGCAUAUAAUAGCUUUUCGGAGCAGCAGCAAUAUGCUUCAUUGUUAAUUUUUAAAAUAAUCGUUUACAUAUUGUUGGGGGAUUUACAGUUUUGUUAAAUGGUUUGAUUUAAUAAAACAAACUUUUCAAAAAUUA